AUGACCGAGGGCCCGGCCUACUCCAAGAAGAUUGUCGUUGUCGGCGACGGCGGCUGCGGCAAGACCUGUCUCUUGAUCAGCUACAGCCAAGGCUACUUUCCAGAGAAAUACGUCCCAACCGUCUUUGAGAAUUACAUCACGUACCCCACACACCCUCCCACCGGUAAGACGGUGGAGCUCGCUCUCUGGGACACCGCCGGACAGGAGGAGUACGACCGCUUGCGGCCGCUGUCGUACCCGGAAACCGACCUGAUCUUUGUGUGUUUUGCCAUUGACUGCCCCAACUCGCUCGAGAAUGUCAUGGACAAGUGGUACCCCGAAGUCCUGCACUUCUGCCCCUACACCCCACUCAUCCUCGUCGGCCUAAAAUCAGACCUGCGCUACAAGAAAACAUGCAUCGACAUGCUGAAAGCGCAGGGGCUCACGCCCGUGACGACGGAGCAAGGGCUGGCCGUGGCCAACAAGAUGGGCGCGCAGUACAUGGAGUGCAGCUCGAAAGAGAUGAAGGGCGUUGAGGAGAUUUUUGAGCGCGCCAUUUUGACCGUUGUCGCCAACGACCGGAAAACGCUCGAGAUGGAGGCCUUGGCCGCAGCAUCCUCCGCGGGAGGUGGUGGUGGUGUUGGCAGGAGAGGGAGUGUUCUUGCUGUCAAUGGUCACGGUGGGGGUGUGACGUUUGGCAGUGACGGGACGCCGAUUCCGAUUGUUGUUAAGAAGAAGAAGAGAAAGUGCAACCUUGUCUGA